UUGUUUGAUCACGUGGUUCACCCCGGCGACGAGCUUUGUUGAAAACUGUUAUUCCUGCAAGUUUUUCACAUCAUCAUGAUGGAGUAAAUAUCAAAAUGGAUAUAUGAUAGAAUCGAUUCAUUGAAUAGAAGAGUAAGCAAUAGUUGAAAAUGAGUCACGUUUAUGAAGGGCCUCUGGCCACCUACAGCAGCCUGACAGACAGAAAUCUGGCUGGCUACUUCUCCAACACUCGCAUGAGAAGACACUUGCGCAAGGCAGGACUGGUAAAUAAACGUGGAGAACUGGUAUCAGAAAAUCAGUACCGACUCAACAUGGCUAGGAAAGAGCACAAAAAACAUGUUAAAGAUUUGCUGUCACAAGCCAUCGUUCAUAAGACACUAGACAUGGAACGCACCCGACAGGUAGAAAUCCGAAGAAAACUGGAGGAGAUUGCAAAGAUAGAACUUGUUAGAAGAGUGCGGAGCUCACGAGGGAGAAAAGGGGAUGAAGAAAUUUUACCAUAUUUAUCCCCACGUUCAAGUCGGUCUGCAAGUCGCCCUGACACCGCCAGCCAACAGAGGUACAGGCCUCAAAGUGCGCCCUCUGGGAAUCAUUAUGACUCCAAUAUUGUUUAUGUGGAUGAACAUGGACGUCAAUUAAGUCCAAAUGGCCGUGAAGAAUUUAGAGCAACAAAGGCAAAACCGGAGGACAUUGAUACCAAACAUCUUUAUGCUCUUGAUUCGGCAGCCCUGAGAAAAUAUGCCCUGCACCUAUCACGGAUUGAACAGGAGUCGAUGUCUCCAUAUCUGCAGUCGCCCAUCCCCACGCCUCCCAGGAGCCAACGUGGAAGUCGCAUGGGGUCACGUACACAACUUCGCUCUCGUCCGAGGACAGCAGAACCCCAGCGUAGCACCAGUCCUCGAGAAAAGAAGUCAGCACAUUCAUCAGAGAAAAGUUCUGAGAGGAGUUAUAGUGUAAGCUCUGACAAAGAACACUCCUCCAAGAGUACUCCCACCCGAGGCCCAGCAAACAGCCAGUCCAGGCGGCCCCUAAAUAGACCCAGAGUUGUGGAAGGGACUCUGAUGCUGCAUCGACAGGAACCGGCCAUGAUGCACCAAGGAGAAGUACAAACCCUUUGUGAAAUUACGAUGAAGUAUCAUGGACCAAACCUGACCCUCCCCAGAGACCAGUAUGACCCCACACAGAAUGUCACCAUUGACCAGCAGCACUGUGGAGGAAACACUCUCCCUGUAUUCAGAGAAAACCUGAAGCCUGGUGACACGUUUAGCUUUAUUUCUCGUCGUCAUCGUGGCUAUCCCUUCAGUUUGUCCAUCUUUGUGGAUGGACGAGUGGAUAGUCGUGUCAGCACAUGCUGUGAGUACAGGCAUGCAAAAGGGGUGAAACUUGGUGGAAAGAUGGGCCACUUCAGUCUACUGAAAGUGGAAGGUGCUACUCCAUGCUACAAGUGUAAGCUUAACUCCCAAGCUAGUCCACGGUCUUUGAGGAGGCCUCCGAAAACCAAAGGGCAGAAACAGCCUGAGCAACUCAAAGAGGAAGUCAUUGUUGUUGACAGACGUCAUGUACAAGACCUUAAUGAUGGAGUUAAGGAUGAGGAAGAGGAAAAUGUGGAAAUUCCUGUGGAGGAGGAUUCCACCCAACAAAAGAUCAAAUAUGACACUUACAUUGAACCCAGCCCUCCAGAGGAUAUUGAGAAUAAUGAUGAUGAUUAUGAAGAUGAUUUCGAUGAUGUGGAAGAUGAAAAGAAGGAUGAGGAAAAAGAGAGACGUGAUUCAGUGUCGUCAAAAUCUUCUUCAAGAUCAUCAAGUUCCUCAUCGUCGUCACAUUCUGAGUUGGAGGAGGAUGUGGACAGAAAUACUGUGACGCAUAUUGUGUUUGAAGACAAGAAGAAGAUUGGGGUUGUAGGGCUACCUGCAGAUGAAGACACCAAAACAGAAAAGACAGAGACGGAUAGAGACAGUGUUAGUGAUAUCAGAAAGGUAACUGGUUAUUCAGAUGACGAGGAAUACCCCGAUGGAGAAAAAUAUAGCAAGGAGCAAAAUAUGGCAACAAAAGCUUCAUCAGACCUGAAGACAAGUUUCAGACGGCGAAGUUCAUCAAGUUCAUCAUCAAGCUCGUCAAGUUCUAGAUCCCGAUCUAGAACACCGGAGAAGGUGAUUGUUUCAAAAUCCCAAUCACCGGAAAGAUCACCAUCCCCUCCGGAAAAGAGGAAAUCUUCUCCAGAACUGAAAAGAAAAUCGCCAUCUCCGGAGCCUGCGAGACGAUCACCUUCUCCAGAGAGGAGGUCUCCUUCCCCUGUAAGAAGAUUCUCCACAUCUUCAAUGUCCUCCACUUCGUCUGUGCAUGUGUCAGAUCCUGAGGAGAAGGAAGAACCUACAGAUAGAGUUUUAGUUGCAAAGUCGAGAGAAUUAAAUGUGGAGACCCCUAAAUCACAGGGGGUGCCCAUUAUAAGAAAGGAUUCUGUUCCAAUAGAAUUUAAAUACACAAGUUAUUCAGAAUCAGUUACAAGCAGUGAUGUUGGAAAACCUAUUCCAGAGGAGAAAUCAUCUACACAGCGGCCUCUUUCUCCACUACCACAAGAAUUCCGAUACAAGAAACAGUAUGAAGAGGAAACUGUAGAUCGACCAGUCUCGCCACUGCCAUAUGAAUUUCAAUACAAGAAACAGUAUGAAGAGGAACCUGUAAAACAAUCAUCCUCACCACCAUUGAAUGUGCAAAAAAGUUUUAGAAAAGUUUCAACGUCAUCUAGUUCAUCUUCUGAUGAAGAGAAAACACGCGUCACUACUAAGGCAACUAUAGAAAAACCAGAGUCUGAAUCAAGCGACUCUGAUAGUGAAGACAAAAGAGGAAGUUCAAGCGGUAGGUCAAGUUCCAGUACUAGUUCAUCAGAACCAAAGAAGGGUGUUACUGAAAAAGAUACCGAACAAGAGAAAAGUGGUGAAUCAAAGAGUUAUGUAGAAAACCAGACAGUACAAAAAGAAGCCUUGAUUACUAAAAAAGAGAAAAGCAGUAGUAGCAGUUCCUCCAGUGAAUCAUCUUCAGAGUCAGAGGCAGAGCAGCAAAAGAAUGCUACACCUAGUAAGAGCCAAUCCCCACCUACUAUCAAUGAAUCUAAGAAAGAAUCUUCAUCUAGCAGCUCAUCUAGUGACUCAGAAACUGAAACGGAUAGAACAGAAAAUGAAAAAGUGAAGAAUGUUCCUUCCAGUCAGCCAGUAAUGGGGGAGGCAGAGGAAGCUCUUCCAUCUCCCCAUGAGGUCAGAAAAUCAUCUAGUUCAAGUAGUAGCUCAAGUUCUUCAUCAGAAUCAGAAACAGAACCAGACACACCCAAGCCUAUUAAAUCUCCAUCCCCACCUCCCCAAAACAAGGAGGAAAACAUCGUAACAAAGAAAGAAGAUAAGAUAACUAAACCUGAUACGGAAGAAGCCAAGGCAGUGACAAGUUCGAGUAGUUCCAGUUCAAGUAGCAGCAGUGAGGCUUCUGGAACAGAGACGGACAGAUCAGAGAAGCCAGCAGUGGCAACAAAAGUCCCAUCCCCACCCCCUGGUCCAAAGCCACCAUCUCCAGUCCACAAAAAGGAGGAAGAGGAAAAGAAACCCCCAGCAGAGGAAAGAAAGAAAGGCGAUUCCAGUGGAAGUGAGGACAGUAGUUCGGACUCAGACUCCUCUUCAUCUGAAUCUGAAAGCGAGGAUGAGAAGGAGAAAAACAAACCUAAAGAAAAGUCUAAAGAUAAAAGCAAUGGUCAAGAUUCAAAGUCUGAUAAGAAUAUGAUGGAAUUGCCAAUCAGUGAGAGUGACACAGAUAAAAAGGUGUCCAUAUUCACUAGUGAUACUGAUGGAGAGAACAUGCAUGGAGGCAAUGAUCCAGAUGACGUGGAAGGUGGAGGUGGUACCACGUCUUACCUGUCUCGUAUUGGAGUUAAACCAGGAACCCCUGUAGAGGGAUCUGUAACACCGAUGUUUGAAGGGAAACCUGAUCUAGAUCUAAAUAGCAUAGCUAUUUCUAAAGACCAACUUACAGAAAUUGCAAAUUAUUUGGUGAAACAUGAUGAUGUGAAGACCUUUUGCGUAAGAAAUGCCAGUUUGGACAAUGAAAAGUUUGCGAAUGUUGUUAGUGCUUUGAAAACAACAAAAUCAGAGCUACAGAUGGUGAAUUUGAACUUAAACAGAUUGACCGCAGCGUGUGCAAAGGAAAUAGGUGAACUUUUUGUGGAAAAGCCAUCACUGCAAAUACUUCUACUUCAUGGAAACCCACUUGGGGACACUGGUGUGAAAUACAUAACAAAUGGCCUGUUAGAUGUGAAUGCCGCUUACCUUUCACACAAAGAAGAGGAAAAUCAGCCUAAAUAUUGCCAGCUUCAGGAACUGGAUCUUGGGGAUACUUUCAUGGGGGACACAGGGAUAGAUCAUGUAUCAUCUCUUCUGGAGGCCAACACUCCACUGAAGACACUGCAUCUUAAUGGGAACACCAAAAUCACGGUGGCAGGGUGGAAAAAGUUGGGAAAAGCACUGAAAAAGAACACAACACUGGAGACAUUAUCUCUAGACUUCAACAAAAUUGGGGAUGAUGGCAUCUCAGCUCUUGCUAGUGGAUUAAAGGACAACCAGACGCUGAAGGUGCUGGAGUUAGAGGAGGCAUCCAUUUCAGAAGAGGGAGGAAGAAAAUUGGUGGAGCUUUUGAAAUGUAAUACUACUAUAUUGGAUAUCACUGUCUCUCCAGGAAAUAUCAUAAGUGAUAAGACAAGAGGAGAAAUCCUUAACUAUCUUGGCCUUAAUAAAGCCGCCUCUCAGCCUAAAUCAUUGAUAUAAGGUUGUUGUUUUUUACAUUUGUUUUUGUAUUACAUAUGGUAUGCUAUUUUUUAAAUGUAGUAGAUGAUGCUUUUAGCAAUUGAUUUGCUAGUUUGAAGAUUGUGAAGAAAUUUCAUAGAGUUCUUUGAGGUUAUUUGUAUUUGGGAUUUAUAUUAUUUUCUUGAUGCGCUUUAUGUUGAAAGUGUAGAUGAUGAACUAUAUAAAUGAUGAUUGUUCCAAUUAGAUGUUCUGAUAUACGUAUUAGAUACACUGUAUUUAACGUCGUUGUAUGCUGCAGUUGUUUUGGGAUGAUUCCAACUGCUUCAUUUUAUUGAAUGAUAUUUUUUUUACCUGUAUGUAUUCGUUAUGCAUUCCCCAAUAUUGAACUGAUAAUGAUUUUGCCUGACAUUAACAGAGUGACGUGGCCUAUCAGUAGAAGGUUCAGUUACCUAAACAUGUACCCCUAAAUUCCCAGUGGUAACUAUUUUGAAGGUCAAAUAAUAUAUAUCAGGUAAAUAGACGUUAAAAUUUAUUUUGAUCAAAAAUGGAAUUUAUCACAAAUAUAUAAAUGGUUUUAUCAUAUAGUACAUUAGAAUUUUGUAACUUGUUUUUUUUUUCGUCCAAUUGUAUAAAUCGUACAAAGUAGAGUUAUUGGACUAUUUACACUGUGAUAAGUUUUAUAGAGUCUUAUACAUGACGUACAUGUCUCAAAAGUACCUGUGAUAUCUUUGUCAUUGAAAGUUGUAUGAAAUGAAAGUAUUAAUUAUUUCUUUGCUUUCACCGAAAUCCUUUAAAGUAACAUUAUUUUCAUAGUCCCCAAAGGUACAACGAUAUCAUUUCAGCCUUUUUUAAAGUAGUCAUAUGACUUCCAUUGGUUGUGAAAAUUACUUUUUAAAAAUUCUGUAAUUAUUUAGAGAAGAUAUUUUGUCUUCUUUGCAAUUUUGCUCAGGCCCGCUCAUAACAUUGCUAUAUACAAUCUUUUCAAAAAGAGACCCCUUUAUAUAUUUUUGCUGACAUUGUAGUUGAUAGUUGUGGGUUGUAGUGUGCUUGGAUUCCAAUUGUAAUAAUUAAUUGUUGUUUGUUAAUUGUUGAUGUUGACAACUCUUAUUCUGCCAUUCCAUGUAGUCUGUGCAUUAUAGUAAUAAAGUUUAGAAUUAA